CCCCGCCCGCCGCCCGCCCGGGAGAGCUGCCCGGGGCGCCCCGGGAGCCUCAGGUGUGAACUCUCGUUCUUGUGGGGAGAAGAGUAAAAAAUAUGCCUCCCAAGUUCAAGCGCCACCUGAAUGAUGAUGAUGUCACCGGUUCUGUGAAAAGUGAAAGGAGAAAUCUUUUGGAAGAUGAUUCCGAUGAAGAAGAAGACUUUUUUCUAAGGGGACCAUCUGGACCAAGAUUUGGACCUAGGAGUGAUAAAAUUAAGCAUGUUCAGAAUCAAGUGGAUGAAGUUAUUGAUGUCAUGCAAGAAAAUAUUACAAAGGUAAUUGAAAGAGGGGAGAGACUAGAUGAACUACAGGACAAAUCAGAAAGCUUAUCGGAUAAUGCAACUGCUUUUAGCAACAGAUCCAAACAACUUCGAAGGCAAAUGUGGUGGCGAGGAUGCAAAGUGAGAGCCAUCAUGGCCUUGGCUGCUGUCAUCCUUCUGCUGGUAAUCAUCAUUCUUAUAGUUGUGAAAUACCGUGCUUGAUUUGAUAGACAGAAAUCUUCAUGAAGCAAGAUCUGGGACAAUAAUAAUAAUAGAAGAUUGCUGCAUAAUUUAAAUGAAAUCUAUGUAUAAGACUUUCCAAACUUCUUUUUCAAGAAACCAAGAGGCAAGUAUCAGUUCGAAUCGGAGCGUUGAGAAUGUCCAGUUGUCUCCUUCCCGUCUAAUAAAAUGUGCAUUGAAUAAUUAUGUGUAACGCAAAGAAAACCAGCCUCUAUUUUGCUAUAUCCCAAGGAUCUAAUUUGAAACUAGAUACUUGCCAGGUCAUUCUAUCUGUGUAUAGUCAGACACUGAUGACAGUAUUUCAUGCUAGUGUUUUAGAAGCAUAAAGAUGAGGGUCAGGAAGCCUACAUGGAAUUCCAAAUUAUUAUUAUAGACCAUUCCAUCAGUAUUUGUGAGAAUAUCAUUCUUUUUUCUUUGCAGUUGCUUUCUUAGCAAUUCCUACUUGUUUAUGAGUGUAACAAAAGCUAAACGUUGUAAAUGUUGCUGCCUUCAGCUGUUACUUAAAACAUUCCAGUAAAACUAUUUUUGACUGUUUAAGGGAAUGUCUAAUAAUCUGAGGGUAUUUUAAUUAUGGAAGUGGGAAAUUUAAUGAAAAACAUAGUGUGGCACCAUAUAACUGGAAAUAAUAAAAGUAUUGGAGAACA